ACCAUUUCCAACAACCGGACAGUAUUUCGGUGAUCUUCUCCAUGAUAUUCAGCUUCUACAAGCCCUAUGUUCGGAAACCUGAACGGAUCUGUGUGAGGCCGUCUCGGUAACGGGACAUGACACGUGACCGCGCGACAGCCGUGGAGCCUGGGCAGCCACGAAUCUUACUUUCGCACGGAACCACUUUCUUGCUUCUCAACCAUCCACGCAUUUCCCCAGGAAACCACAAGCCAUGGAAUCUGACGGAACUAAGUCGCCAAAGGGAAGGAAGAGGUCGCGGUCAGAUGUGGAGGACGAUGACCGGAAAGUUCCAAAACCUGCAGCCGAUGCCAACGACGACGAUACCUCUUCCGACGAUGACUUUGGCCCCGCGCUCCCCUCUUCUGCACCGAAGAAGAAAAGGAGGAAGCUGCCGUAUGAAAAACUCUACAUCGCCGCCUUGCCGACCGCGAGCCGCUACUUCAAAUCGUUGAUGCACCGCGACCAGCUAUGCUUUACCACCCUUACCCCAUUUACCGACUUUUUGAUAACGAGCUCCAUCGAUGGCGUGGUAAAGUUCUGGAAGAAAGAUUUCGGGGGCAUAGAAUUCGUGAAGGAGUUCCGGGCGCAUAAUGGAGAAAUACGGUCGGUCAGCGUCAGCGCGGAUGGAAGGAGCUUCGCGACUGCAGGCACAGAUAAAUCGGUCAAAAUCUUUGACGUGGUUACGUUCGAUCUGCUGGCUAUGCUGAGCCUGGAUUAUGCGCCGAAGGCGGUCUGCUGGGUACAUGGUCGCGGCGCGUCGUUCCCACUGCUUGCGGUCUCGUCAGAAGAUAACUCCUGGAUACGGAUAUACGACGGGAGAGGAGAGAACCCGGAGCCACUGCAUUUGCUGAAGAGCGUGCACAAGACGCCGGUAGCGCUCAUGGCGUACAACAACCAGUUCGACUGCGUUGUUUCCGUGGACCAAGGCGGCAUGGUGGAAUAUUGGCAGCCGAGCGGCAGUUUUGAGAAGCCAGACAACGUCUUCGCUAUGAAAAGCUCGACCAGCCUGUUCGAGUUCAAAAGGGCCAAAUCAGUACCUUCGUCGCUGACUAUUUCCCCAACUGGUAAGCAGUUCGCUACAUUCUCGUUCCCGGAUCGCAAGAUUAGGGUAUUCGACUUUACAUCUGGAAAACUCCAUCGAACUUAUGACGAGUCUCUUGAGACCGUCCAGGAGAUGCAGCAAGCUGGUACCGCCGUUCAACGACUGGAAGACAUUGAGUUUGGUCGAAGGCUAAGCAUAGAGCGCGAAUUGGAUCAGCCGUCUAUCCGGCCCCGGAUGAACGUCAUAUUCGACGAGACGGGCAACUUCAUCCUCUACGGUUCGAUGUAUGGCGUCAAGGUUCUCAACACACUCACCAACCGAAUAGUCAAACUCUAUGGACAAGAGGAGUCACUGCGACCGCUGUGGCUAUGCUUAUACCAAGGCCAGCCGGAGAAGAAGGGCGUUGUCACCGUAGAGAUGGCGGCCAGCGAAAACCCGCUGCUGCAGGAAGCGGAGGCGCGUGACGCUAUGCUUGUGGCCACCGGCUCUGGUAAAGUGCGAUUCUACAUGUUCACAAACGAUAAUAACGUCGCGAAAUCCGAACGAGACAUCCAAAAUGAGAAGCCACGCAACAUCUCUACCAAGCAGAAGCUAGAAGAUAAACCCGUAGCCACCGGUACCUUAGCCACUAUCCACACAACCUACGGUGAUAUUACUGUCCGGCUCUUCCCCGAAGCGGCUCCUAAGGCUGUCGAGAACUUCGUUACCCACGCAAAGAACGGAUACUACAACAAUAUCAUCUUCCAUCGCGUGAUCCGCAAGUUCAUGAUCCAGACAGGCGACCCCAUGGGCGAUGGAACAGGUGGUGAGAGUAUCUGGGGCAAGGAGUUCGAGGACGAGUUUUCGAGUCUGAAGCACGACAAGCCGUACACAGUCAGUAUGGCAAACGCAGGGCCCAAUUCGAACGGCAGCCAGUUCUUCAUCACUACGGAGAAGACGCCUUGGCUCGACAACCUUCAUACCAUCUUCGGACGAGCGAUUCAGGGCUUAGAUGUCGUGCAUAAAAUCGAGAACGCGAAGGUCUACAAGGAGAAACCGGAGGAGGAUAUUAAGAUCAUCAACAUCUCAAUUUCGUAGCGGAUAGCCUACCCGAUCGAAUCCAGGAUUUGGGAUAAACGAGUGCGAAUCGAGUCCUCGUUCUCCAUGAUGGGCGGCGGCUAGAGAAAAGUGAUUCUCGAGAAAACGUGAAG